AUGUCUGCAAAGACGAGAAUCACAAGCAGCCCCGACCAGGACUGGCUUGACAAGUUCAUUAAUUUGCUUAGUCGCUCCUAUAUCACAACUCCUCUGACCACUGCCUUCAUCACCGAGAUCGAUGGAACUCCUUCCUCCGCAAAUCGAAGCGAGGUCAUUACCCCGGAGAGGCUUACCAAGCACUUCACCCUGGGUAUCACUGCGGCUGCUCGCUCUAAUGUAGUUCUCAUCGAGUCUGGCGAUUUCACUGCCGCCGCGUUGUGGGAACCUCCUGACUUCUGUGGAAUCCCACCUUCACAGGCUCGCCGAAACCCCGGUCCUAUCCUCCAAGAAUGGCGCAAGACAGCUCGUGAUUUGAAGGCAAAAUACCUAUCGCUGCCAGAUCAGGGACCUCACAGUUACGAUCAGCCUGCUGCCCCCAGUCAGUCAUCAGGUGCACCCUCCGAAGACCCUUACCCGACCGACUUCAACAAGGACAUUGAUUAUGAGACUCGUCCGUUCUACCACCUUGCGAUGCUUGCCAAGGACCCUGAAAAGGAUACCAAAGAGAGUUUUGCCGCCGUCGUGGCUGUGUUUGAUGUCUUCCUUAAUAAGGCAAAGGAGGAGGGUGUGCCAGUAUAUCUCGAAACUGCGUUGGAGGAGAGCAAGAAAGAUUAUGAAGAUCUUGGGUUCAAGGUUGCAGAGGAGGUAGUGAUUGGAAAGGGCUUGGUGGACAGCACUGGAUGGCCUAAGAAAGGUGGCGAAGGAGUCAGGACUUGGGCAAUGCUUUAUGACCAACAUCUCAACGGACGGGAUUUGACGGAUUGA